GCCUACUUACCUACCAUCGCCACCGACCAGGCCGCCGAGUCCCAGGCCAUCAAGAUGUACCCUGUCAAGGACGACAUGGUCGAGCUCAUCUCGCGUGGGCGUGGUCAAUCACUACAGAUGGAACCCAUGAUCUUCCUGUAUGACCAGGACAGUGCUUAUGACAUCCUUUCCGCGAUGAUGAGCAGGACCCCGCAGCAUGGCUGGGUCAUCCAUCCCAUGAUACUAGCUGAUGACGUCCAGGCCCAGAUGAAAGAACUCAAAGCGAAAGCCAUCAAGAACAUCAUCGUCUACAUGCACGUCGAGGAGAACAUCAAAACCGUGGUUGACCACGCAUACGAGGAAGGAGUACUCACGGACACGUGGCAUUGGCUUUUCGGAAACCCGAACGUGGCCUACCUGAACAAGAAUUUCCUUGAGACAAGACUCCGUUACAACUCGGCAUUCAUCACCCGCUUCAAAAUGCAAGUAGCUUCUUCGGUCGAAGGCACCUUCUACACCCGAAGACCCGACGCCAUCCGAAAAUGGCCGUUCCGACAGCAGAUGACCUACGAUUCAAUCCUGUCGGUUUCGUACGCCCUGCGAGCUUACCAUGACCAGCACGGCAGCUACCCGCGCUCGGGGAGAUGCGGCGAUAAAAACAGCCCACUCCUACCCUUUUUCAACAAGGCUCAGUCUUUCGAAGGCUGCAGCGGAGAAAUCCUUCGAUGCUAAUGGCAACCGAGUCAACUACACUAUUGAUAUCUUUGUCGGCAAGAACCAGUAUCUCUCGACCAGCAAGCUUGGCGUAUUCACUCAGAACAUUGAUCAUUGGGAGAAAAAGGAACGGUCGACGUGGAUGAACAGAGGUUCGAGACUCUACAUGAAACCUUACAGGAUGGCUGAAGCCACUCAUAUUCACAUCCUUAGUAUUGAGGAACCACCUUUCCUGAUGCACAGGGAUUACGAGCUGACUCGAACUCCUAAUCGUCGUCGAUUCCGUCGUCAGGAGGUCAAUCCUGAUCUCGACCUCUAUAUCGGCUACGUCCCCUCCCUACUCAAGGAGCUCAAGAAGGUGUUCGAAGAGGACAUGGGACUGGACUUCACCUACAGGCUGGAGCUCCUCGGUGAAGGAAACUACGGUAAAUACGACAAGUCAACACUGGAGUGGGACGGCAUGAUGAGGGAUCUAUACGAUGGGGACGCUGACGUGAUCGCUGCCGCCCUCACCAAGACUAAAAUUCGAGAGGACUAUGUCGAUUUCACGUCCACCUGGUAUACAGGCGACGUCAAACUCCUGAUCAAACACCCGUCUUUCGUGUGGGAGUACCCCUUCGUACCGGUCUUCCCCUUCAAUAUCUAUGCCUGGCUAACCAACUUCCUGGCUUUCUUCGUUGCCACGAUACUCAUGUGGCUGAUCAGUCGGCUCAACCAGAACGAAUGGAGGGCGAUGUCCAUCCGUGGAGAGGCCACCGAGGACGAGGGUCAGACCUUCACGCUGUACAACACCACGUAUUACAUGCUGUCUAUCUGGGCUUUCCAGGGGUUAAAGAAGUCCCCGCAUUCCUACAGCGGAAAGGUCUUCACUGCCUUUUGGUUCGCUUACACACUGAUCAUGGUCUGGCUCUACGUCUCGAACCUCACGCCGUUCUUAAUGGCCAGCAAGGUUGGCUUCAAGGUCAGGAGCCUUCAUGACCUCAACAAACAGGAGCAGUUCGGGUAUGGCGUGGUGCGGAAUAGUCCGACCUUUGACCUCUUUCACGAGUCGACCACAGGCGACAAAAGAAUCACGUGGGACGACAUCCAGACCGGUGACGAGGAUAAGAUCGUCCAGGACAGCAUCGAGGGCGUCCGCAAGGUCAGACGAGACAACGGACGAUAUGCCUUGCUCUCCGAGAAGAAAAUGCUGGAGUACGAGGCCUAUCGGUGGCCGUGUGAUCUCUUCGUGUCUGGUGGAUAUGUCACCAAGAUCAAGUUCCCCUGGCCGUUCAGUCGGGAUCACCACUUCGGGAUCAGCUCACUUACGCCGUCCAGAAACUCAAGAGUAAUGGCGUCAUGGCCAACAUCACCAGCACUAGUUUUUUCAAACCGUAUUGCUCCAAAACAUCCCUUUGGCAAACGGAAGCGAAGAAAUCCAUCACAGGAGCUGAUCUGGCGGGUAUCUAUUACCUAAUGCUCCUGGGAUUCGCUUCCAGUCUCAUUAUGUUCGCUUUGGAGACCAUUUACUUCUAUCUCCGCGGUAACAGCGGCGUCAGAAUGCCAAUGAAAAGCCGUCGGCAGAACGAUAACCUGGCACUCAGCCGUAACGGCGGGGGCGGCGGCGGUAUUGGGGGUGGCGUAGGAAUGCGUGAUAUGGAUCGCGGAGGACGCGUUGCUGCUCCCCCUCAACGUGCCGGAGAAUUUGAGAAGAAAGACUGGCUGUAAAUAAAAGUCACACCUGUCUCCUUUUUUACAAAAUGAGCAAAAUAUCUUACUCUUUCAGCUUAUGUUGUAUGAUAUUCUAAUGAGAUGACGAGAUUUAUCACUAUAUAUUUCAAUGCCAUUUCUGUAUCGGUUCUUGGUAGCAAUAAUGUUUUGUAUCAUCUUGAUUUUUGAGUAUUAUGUAUGGUAUGUACGCAUUAUUAACAAUUGUAUUGGUAAUGUGAAAUAAGCAUUCUGGAUUUAUUCGGCCAUGCGUGUGAAAAGGGCGUUUCUAUAAUUUGAUGAUUUAAUUACACGGUUAAAAACUUUAUCACUUUUACUCGACUCUGCUAGAUAUUUUAGCCAAUAACAUCUGAUAAAUAUACUUCAAAGACAAACGUUUCUCAAUAUUGAUUAAUUACUUUGUGAUGCCCUUUUUCGUCGUUGUUUUCAAAGGCCUUCUGAAGGGCAUGAUUGUUUCCCCCUGUAAAUACUUUAAACCAUCUGGAAUGAUGUUGCCAAUUUUUAUUAACUUUUGAUGUCUUCAUCAGAGAAUUGAGAUAGAGGUGAAAUCUGAAGACAUGAUGUGCUCGUUUGCACGAGAACAAUAAAGUGUUGCUUUUUUAAUCUAUACAUAA